ACCGCGGUUGCACAUCGCGGUGCCCCCUAUUUCUUUAAAGCUUUCACAGCAACAUAAAAUAAUUUUGCCUUCCAAACCCUAAACCGCUAUUUCUCCUUCUCCUCUCUGCUCUCUCUCUCCUCUCAACUCACUGCUGCCACAAUGGCAUCUUUGGACGAAGAAAUCGCGAAAAAAGUCAUUCGUCAGGUGGAGUUUUAUUUCAGUGAUAGCAAUCUCCCAAGAGAUGCAUUUCUGAAGAAAACCAUCAGCGAAAGUGAUGAUGGGAUGGUCAGUUUGGCGUUGAUUUCCUCAUUUUCCCGGAUGAGAGGUCACUUGGGCAUAGGAGAUGCGAAACCAGAAGAUGUAUCAGAGGACACUGUUAAGGCAGUGGCUGAAACUCUGAGAACCUCUACAUUUCUUAAGGUUUCUGAAGAUGGGAAGAAGGUUGGUAGAGUUACUGAGCUUGCAAAGCCCGAGGAGGUCAUUAAGCAAUCAGAUGAGAGAACAAUUGCUGCCUCACCCCUUGAAUAUGAUGUCAAGAUUGAAGAUGUAGAAACAUUUUUUGGAAAGUAUGCUAAGGUUAACAGUGUGAGGUUACCUCGUCAUGUUGUUGACAAUAGGUUGUUCUGCGGCACAGCCCUGAUUGAGUUUUCAAGUGAGGAGGAUGCUUCAAAUAUUUUGAAGCAAACCAUAAGUUAUUCAGGAGUUGAGUUAGAGCUCAAACCAAAGAAGGACUUUGACGAAGAAAGAGCUAAGCAAGAAGAAGAAGCUGCAAAGACUCGGACACAAGUAGGUUCAAACCGCAGAGAAAAGGCCAACGCUGAGCCUGACUAUCCCAAAGGCUUAAUUGUUGCGUUUAAAUUGAAGAGCAUCUCUGCUGAAGAUUCUACCACACAAAAUGGUAAUCAUGAGUCAGUGAGUGAUGAUGCAGUUGUCUCUAAGAAAGAUGGAGAACAGGAUAAGCCACAAGUUAAUUCUGAGGAGACUGGACAAGAUGUUAGAGAUAUGACAACAAAUCAUGUAGAGAAUGUUGGGAAGGAUGAGGAAAAGGAAGCAGCUAAGACUGGUGCAGAGACUGAAGCCCAGGAACCAGAAGAUGCAGAGAAAUCUCCAGACAACCAGGAUGACAAUGAAGACCAAAGAUCAGGUGAAGGAAAAACAAACAUUGCAUCUUACAAGGACAACAAAGAUGUUGUUUUAAGAGAGGAUCUAAAAAGUAUUUUCCAAAAGUUUGGCACUGUUAAGUUCAUUGAUUUCAAGAUCGGAUCAGACUCUGGUUAUGUGAGGUUUGAAGACGCUGGAGCUGCUCAGAAAGCUCGAGCUGCUUCUGUGCUCACUGAGGAGGGUGGUUUAAUUGUGAAAAAUUUCAUUGCCACUCUGGAUCCUGUAACUGGUGAGGCUGAGAAGGAAUACUGGAGUUUACUUCGCAAUAACCAGGAGAAGUAUCGUGACAAUUACAAGAGCAACCGUGGAAGGGGAGGAAGGCACAACAGAGGCGGUAGGCAUUUUGGUGGGAAGCAUCAUCGCUCCAGAGAAAAUGACUCCGCAAAUCGCCCCAGCAAAGUCCAGAAAGUUGGAGCAGCAUGAAACAGUGAUCUUGUUGCUCGAUUCUACCAAUCAAUUUUGUGCCCUCUUUAUUAGUAUUUUAUAAUCAUCCUCUGGUUUUGUGAUUCUACUAGUUCUAAACUUGUUAUCGCAGCAGUUUCAAAUAUAUAUAUUGGCAGUUCUGUUAAUUUCUAGUUCUCUGAAA